AUGCCUUACAACAGCAACAAAGUUAUUCAGGAAGGAAAGAACGCUACUUUCACUCCAGCUCCAGCCGCUCAGACUCCAACUAUUGUUCCCACUCUAACCGCUGUUCGAAUCACCACAAUACUAUAUAGUGGAGAAAUGUACAUACGGAAUAUAAUUGUUUAG